CAUUAGAGUUGUCGCACAGGUUUGACUAGUGGUUCUUUCAAAUGUUUGGUCCCUUGCUUCAUUUUACCAAAAUAGCUCGGACGACGACAGCGGGAGCGAAGAGCAACAACGUUCAACUUUCUUUAGUCCAGCUCCCGCAGAGGAUCUGGCAUGGUAACAAUGUGCAGAAUAUGAGUGGCAAGGAGCAGAUUAGUUUAUUUUUUGAAUGCCCACCGAGCAUUUGAAGAAGCAGGGAAGAAGCACCUUUGCUGUCUUCAUUCACCUGGUCACCCGGAGAAGCUUCAGGUGUGCACGGUGUUUUUGCCCCUCCAGAAUUUGAGCUUGGACUCGCACCAAAAAUCCCCGUCCCCUUAUGUGCCAGCAAUAAACAAGUUCAGGUUGGAUUUGGUUUCACUUGGGCUCUCAUCACAGGUCACCAACAGAGCGGUUCUGACAAUGAACCAGCCCAACGAAAAGAGGAAAACCCAAUUUGUCCUCUAAAACCAGUUCUGACUGUAAUCUGGAAGCAAAGAAAAUGCCAGUGGAGGUCAAACAAUCGGCGAGGCCCAGCCCAUCUGCAACAUUUCCUCGCCUGCGGCCCAAGCGCCCAGUGGGUCCCGAAUUCUACCGGCAAAGUCCGCCCUCGGCCGCCCGACCCAAGCAGAGUGCUGUCGAGAGGCUGGAAGCGGACAAAGCCAAGUACGUCAAAAGCCAAGUGGCACUGUCCAAGCAACAGCCUGUCAGGUCUCCUGACGUGCGCAAGUCUCCGCUAAGCCCCGUCGCCACCACUCUCCGGCCCGCGAAGAAGACUCCCGGCCAACCAAAAAGCAAGCCGGAGGCCGUCCAGCUGGACCUGGAACAUCUGAGCAGCCUCAUAAGUGAUGUGAGUGACGGCCCCACUCCGAUUGCUAGCUCAGACUCUGUUGACUCCUCCCCACUGCUGAAAAAAACCACGCCAGGGCUGCCGUCUCAGCCUCACGACUCCAGUUCUGCCAAGGUGAAACUGAAGGCGGCAGGCUGGGUAGAAAGUCCGGGAUCUCCUACUGCGGGGACGGUGCGCCGAGUGGACGUCAUACCUCAAGCCAGCCCUUCGAGGACACCUCGCAGGCCGCCGCUGUUCCUCCGCCAGCCGCUUCAGCCACUCCUGCUACACCCCCAGUUUCCCCUCCGCCCGACUAUUUCGCACCUCCUCCUUCGCGCAAAGGCCACUCCGUCUCCUCUGAAACCUGUCGUCGCCACGCCUAAGCGGGAUAACCCUGCUAGCUCGCCGCUUCCCGUCUUCCUGGGUUUGCCCCCUCCGUCUCCAGCCGUCACCCCUCUAUCCGGCUCCCCCCGCAGCAGGAAACGUCCGUCUCUGACCCGCUCCAAAUCGGACAUGAGCGAGCAGUUUUCCCGAGCCGGGACGGAGCUAGAACGCUUCUUCAACCUGUGUGGUUUGGACCCCGCGGAGCUACAAGACUUUUCCGGAGCCGCCUCUGACAUGGUGUCUCUGGCCCGCUUUCGGAGCGUCAGCGCUCCGGGCUCGGAGUGCGCCGGUUCUGGCGGGCCCGAUGAAGACGGCGAUGACGAGGAGGCUGAGGACCGUGUUCCCUACGGCGUGUCGGUCAUUGAGAGGAACGCCAGGGUGAUCAAAUGGCUUUAUGGGCUGCGACAGGCAAAGUGAGUGCAUCCCUUUCCCACUGGGGUUGCAAACGGGUGGAACAUUUCUGGCAAAUUUCCACAAGGAAUGUCGGAAAGGUUUCUGUGGCAAAUGAUGGCCAUGAACUAGAAAUGGAGACAUUUUUUGGGGGUGAAAAGCUACUAUGUUCAGGCAGCACAGUUGACCUGAGGUUAGUCAGCAUCCACCCAAUAGUUCUGAGGUCGGCGCUUUGAAUGCGAGGGUCCUGUUUGCAUGUCAGACGGAAUACCAAUCAAUGCAUGGCAUUACUCCGGGUACUCCAGCUUCACCCCAUAUUCUGAAAUCGUCCAUCUCGGGUUAUUUGAAGACUCCAAAUGAAUGGUGUUCAAAGUGAAUAGAAAGGAACCAUUGAGAAAGGGUAUUUAAGUUAUUUUCAUUCUUGCUUUAUUUCCAUUAAUUCACAUUAUUUUCCACAGAAAAAGACCAACUUUGCAAAUCUGCAAAGAGGUAAGCUAAUAUUGCUGUUCGAUGCAAAGUUCAGUGGACAUGUUGAAGGCAUCCAUUUUGGGGGUGGGAGGGCCUGCUAAUGGCUUCAUUUGUAACUUGUUUUGUUUUUGGAUGACUGGUGAUCGUCUGUCUCUAUUGGCUUUGAAAUAACAGCGGACAAAUGGUCAAAGUCACAGUUGUUAAUUCUUAUUUUUUUUCUAUGACGAGCAUGUGAAUGCUAUUAAACUGCUUUUACGUUUAAUUAGGUUGCUGUUGCAAAACACAACUGAUUAUUUCUUGGUGAUUAUUUUGCAUGGACAACUAUCAAUCGCGACACUUUAUUUAUAUAAUUGUAAUUUACAGAUUGCUCAUUUGGACAUCGGUGUUCUAGAUGGUACGAUUAAAAAUAUUUUUGUUUUGUUUUUUGUUUUUAUUUUUUUAUUAAAUCUAUUCAGUCCUGGCCCUGUUCAGAUAUUUAAUCUUGUCAAAUGCUGCAUGUGCAGGAUCCUGACUCUCAAACCGUUGCGAUGGCAGUUUGGUGCAUCAGUGUUGAGUUUUAGAAUGGCAACUUGUGAAAUAAACAGUUGAACCCUGAAA